CUCUGGUGAGGAGCAGCAGCUGGAAACAGGGAGGAGGGAGUGGAUAGAAGGAGGAAGGCCAGUGGUGCACCCAGAUAUCAAUUUCUACCCUCAGAAGAGCCUAAAAGGAGCCAGAGCUAUGGCAGGGAAGCUCGUGAAGAAGUCCUCCAUCCCCGGGGUGAGCAUCCGGCAGCUGGUGGAGGAGAUCCCUGAAGGUUGCAGCACACCGGACUUUGAGCGGAAGCCCAUCACCUUGGCUCUGCAGGAGGGGAAAAAUGCCAUCUUUCGGGCUGUGGUCUGUGGAGAGCCCAAACCCGAGGUGCGUUGGCAGAGCACCAAAGGAGACCUCAGCAACUCUAGCAAGUACCAGAUCUCCUCCACCCCUGGCAGCAAGGAGCACGUGCUGCAGAUCAACAAGCUGACAGGCGAGGACACGGACCUGUACCGCUGCAUAGCAGUGAACAUGUAUGGAGAGGCCACGUGCUCAGCAAGGCUCACUGUCAUUGAAGUUGGCUUUCGGAAGAACCGGAAAAGGCAAAAGGAACCACAGGAGGACCUAAGGAAGGAGCUGAUGGAUUUCCGGAACAUGCUGAAAAAGAGGGCCCCUCCUCCAGCUCCAGAAAAAAAGAUGGAGACUGAGCAGGUGUGGCAGCUGCUGAUGACAGCAGACCGGAAGGACUACGAGAAGAUCUGCAUGAAGUAUGGCAUCGUUGACUUCCGGGGCAUGCUGCGCAAACUGCAGGAGAUGAAGAAAGAGCGGGAGGACAAGAUGGCCCAGUACAUCAAUGCCAUCUCUAACUUGAGACACAUCAAGGUCUCCAAGGAUGGGGUCGCUUCAUUUGCCCUGGAGCUGGAUCUCAAGGACUUUGAGAGCAAGAUUUACUUGUAUAAGGAUGGUGAGAUGAUCCCCUAUGGCUUUGACAACCAGACCAAGCACUGUCUGCGGCGGCUGGGGAAGCGCUACCAAUUCCAGAUCCUGGACCUGCGGCCUGAGGACGCUGGCCUUUACCAGGUCAAGGUGGAGGAUGCCGUGGUCUUCUCAACAGAACUGGAGGCCAGUGCCAUCCCCCCCAGAGUGGUGGUCCCACUGGCCGAGGCCCACUGUGAAGAACAUGGUGAGGCAGUCUUUGAAUGUACUCUCUCCAACCCCUGUCCCAAUGCUGCCUGGCAUUUCAAGCACCGGCCCCUCCGACUCAGUGACAAAUAUGAAGUAUCUGUGUCCCCUGAUGGUCUGACCCACCGGCUGGUGGUGAGAGGGGCCCGGUUCUCAGACAGGGGCCUCUAUUCGCUGGAUACCGGGCUCCAUGCUUCUAGCGCCUGGCUGGUGGUUGAAGCUGGGAAGGAUAAAGGCCUGCAGACCACAAGUGCUGACCACCAGCUGCAGACAAGGAAAAGUGCCAAAGACUGCAGGUUGGACAUCCUUGAUGAGGGGCAGAGUUCCAGGUCUGGAUACAAGUCCGGCACUGGCAGUUUCUCCCCGACGGCCCGAGGCCCCAGGGGCUACUUCUCUCAGGGCUUGGCUGACACAGAGGUGCAGCAGGGGAAGGCCGCCACGCUUUCCUGUACCCUCACCAGGGACCUGGGACCUGGUGCCUGGUUUAAGGAUGGAGUCAAGCUCACCGCCCAGGAUGGGGUUGUCUUUGAGCAAGAAGGCCUGGUGCACAGACUCCUUAUCGACUGCGUGCAGGGCACCCAGGCUGGGAGGUACACCUUUGUGGCCGGCAACCAGCAGAGUGAGGCCACCCUGACCGUCCAGGAUCCCCCCGUAAUUGCUCCAGAUGUGACAGAGAAACUGAGAAAGCCACUGGUGGUCAAGGCUGGGAAGCCGGUGACAAUGAAGAUUCCCUUCCAGAGCCACUUCCCUGUUCAGGCCACCUGGAGGAAGGACGGGGCCGAGGUGGUGGGCAGCAGCCACAGGGGGGCCCAGGUGGCCUUGGGGGAUGGCUACACACGACUGUGCCUUCCCAGCGCGAGCAGGAAGGACGGUGGCCAGUACAACGUGAUGCUAAGGAGCGAGGGAGGCUCUGUGCAGGCUGAGCUCACCCUGCAAGUCAUAGACAAGCCUCAGCCCCCACAGGGCCCCUUGGAGGUGCAGGAUGGCCACAGGGCUGGUGUCUGCCUCCGCUGGCAGCCCCCGAAGGAUGAUGGGGGCCGGGCCGUGGAGCACUACGUGGUGGAGAGGCGACAGGCUGGCAGGAGCACUUGGCUGAAGGUGGGCGAACCCCCCACUGACAGCACUACCUUCACCGAUGCCGGCGUGGAGCAGGGCAGAAAGUACACUUUCCGUGUGCGAGCUGUGACCUCGGAGGGGGCUGGGGAGGCCCUGGAGUCUGAGGAGGUGUUGGUGGCUCCUGACGCAAUCCCAGGGCCCCCUUCCACCCCGGCCAUUCUAUCGGCCUCCAGCCAGGGCAUCACUCUCACAUGGACAGCACCUCGGGGCCCUGGCAGUGCCCACAUCCUGGGUUACCUGGUUGAGAAGCGCAAGAAGGGGAGCAACACCUGGACAGCAGUGAACGAUCAGCCCAUGUCUGAGAGGAAGUGCACUGUGGAAGAUGUGCGGCAGGGCUGUCAGUAUGAGUUCCGGGUCACAGCAGUGGCCCCCUCAGGCCUUGGAGAGCCUGGGCCCCCAUCUGAUGCUGUCUUUGCCCAAGACCCCAUGAGACCCCCUGGGCCUGUGCGGGAUCUUCAGGUCACGGACACAUCACACACCAGCAUCACCCUGAGCUGGGUGGGGCCAGAUGCCCAGGAUGGGGACAAAGCUCAGGGAUAUGUGGUGGAGCUGUGUGGCUCAGACAGUCUCCAGUGGAGCCCAUGCCACGUGGGCACUGUGCCUGGGACCUCCUUCACAGUCAAGGGGCUUCGGCCUCGAGAGGGCUACUUUGUGCGGGUGACAGCAGUUAAUGACGGGGGCCACAGCCAGCCCACUGCCCUGGACACCAUAGUGCACACCGUGCCUGUUACUGGCUGCCCCAAAUUCCUCAUGGACUCCAAUGCAAAGGACUCAGUGAUGGUCAGAGUUGGGGACACCAUUCGUGUGCCUGUCUCCUUUGAAGCUGGCCCCAUGCCUGAGGUGACCUGGCUGAAGGAUGGCUUGACUUUGUCCAAGAGAAGUGUGACCACCACCAAGGAUGGCCUAACCCAGCUUCUGAUUCCUACAGCUGGCCUCUCAGACAGUGGUCGCUACACUGUGGUGCUGAGGAACCUUCAGGGGAAGGAGGCUGCCUACGACUUCCUCAUCAGGGUGGCAGCAUGCCCACAGGCUCCUGGGCCCAUCCGCCUGCAGGAGAAUGUGCCCAGGACAGUGACAGUCCAGUGGGAGCCCUCUCCAGACGAGGUCCAGGGUCCCCCUCUGCACUACACGGUGCUGAUGCGCUCCUCGUCACACGGCUCCUGGCACGAGGUGGCUGACCGCAUCCACACCAACCACUUCACCCUCCUGGGCGUCCUUCCUGGCAUUGAGUACCACUUCCGAGUAGUGGCCAAGAAUGAGCUGGGGACCAGCAGACCCUCAGACACCAGUGAACCCUGGUGCCUCCCCAGGCAGAGAGGCAGAUUCACAGUGAGGGCUCCCAGCUACCGGGAACCAGACCUGAGCCAGAAGCCCCGGUUCCUGGUGGGCCUGCGGACCCACCUGCUGCCUCCAGGAUGCGAGUGUCGCAUGACCUGUGCGGUGCAGGGAUCACCCCGGCCUCAUGUCACCUGGUUCAAGAAUGAUCAGAGUCUGGAAGGACACCCCACAGCAUACAGCACUGAUAUGCUGGGCGUGUGCUCCCUCGUCAUCCCCAGUGUCUCCCCUAAGGACAGUGGCAAGUACAAGGCUGUGGCUGAGAACCCGCUGGGCCAGGCUGUCAGCACUGCCACCCUCAUCGUCACAGAAACCAGCUCCUAGCCUCGCCCUACUCUGGGAUGGCCCUGCCCGGCCCCCCAGCCACGGGAUGGAUGACAGAACUCUGAAGCUUCACUUCUGACACACACGCCGGCCUGGGGAGAUGAUCCCGAAGGAUGGAGUCCAUGCCUUGAGACUCAGGAGUAAGAGGGCUUCUGGGGAUACUUGCCCAGCAAGACAGAGAGUCCUUGGGGAAGAAAAAGAAGGGUACAAGUGGUAGUCCCAGAAUAGUCACUGAAAAGGAUGACAGCAAACCUCCCAGAUCUGCCCACAUGGAUUUCUUUCUUCUCCACUUCAGUAGACCUGGAAAGAGCCCGCCUGCAGGGUGCUCCUUGUUUGCCUAGUCUGGGCCCCUUAGAGGGAGGGUGGGAGAAGCUGAGCCUCUGUGACAUCAGGAAGGAAAGAGGAAGAGAAGUCAGAGGUCCUGGGUGAGAAUAAGGGCAUCAAGGGUAUGUGUUGGGGCACGGGAGACACCUUCUGUACUUUCCUUCAUUAAAACAUCUAAGAAAUUUUUGCAAAUCAACUUGGGUUUUGUGUGUUGUAGGAAAGAUUCCAAAGCAAAGGUUUAUGUAUACCAGGCUCCUGCUGGGAGACGGGGUGGGCUCUGGUUCAAGGGAAGAACAAGGUCAGAGUUAGGCUCUCCUGCCUAACUGCGUAGGCCUACGCAGUUAAUAGCAAGGGCAGAAAAGCCCAGAAAGGUUAGAGGCUCUGUGUAGCAGAGGCCUCCCUUCCUCCUGGCCCAGGCCUCCCGCAUGCUUCCACCCUCAAGCAUCCUCCAAGCAGCAGGGCUAGAGCCCUGCCUUGGGGGGUAUAUGUCAGGGGACCACAGAACUGGUUGCCUAGGACUGUCUAAUGCCUGUCCCUCCCCAGAGACAGAAACAGUCUGGGCUGGCGAGAAUCCUAGAGAGCAGGAACACAAUCUGCUCUUCACUCCCUCUUUUUGGAUCCUGGUCUCUGCUUUCCACAGUCUCCCUUUGCACCCUCUCCCCCAGUUCUGUGGCAGAUUCAGGAAGAAAGGAACAAAAAUCACAGGACAGGGGGUGAGGACAGCACCAGACCUUUCUUUUUUGCUUUGAAAAACCUUACAAGGUUUGUUGAAAAUCCCGGAGACCAUGUAUGUAUUUAUGGGUGUAUUUUUAAACAUUUUAUUCCUUAUUCCUCUUCUAUUUUCUGGAAAAGGUUGUAUACAAUUGAUGUUCUAUCUUCCUUAAAUAUAUGGUAGAAAUUACCAAAUAAAACCAGAGGGCUUGGAGUUUUC